AGAGCUGACACAGGCUGAAAGGGGAACUCCUAGUUGUGAUGCAGCCAAGAGCCUGUCAGCUUCUGCAGGGGAUUUUCCUUACCCUGAGUGUGUAGAGAGGUGAUGACCACCAGCAGCUGAGAAACCAUAUAGCCGCCUGCACAGCUGAACAGGCCAGCAGGCAGCCUGCCAUGGGGUCCCACUCCAAGAACCGGUUCUUCUGCUGGGCCUCUGGGCUCCUGGUAUUCAUCAGCCUCUUCCUCAGUGUCUGCAGCACUGAAGCCUACACUUCUGAAGCACAUGAUUCUGCCUUGGAGGUUUAUAGAAAACCCAUUCAUCUGAAGGUGAUCCGAGGCGGCUCUGUCUUGUUUAAUGUGAUCGAGAAGCUCAGAGUAGUUGUAGGAGCCGAGCUGCAGGAGGUUUCAUGGGCUUUGGGCACUCUGUUAAAUUACACACAGGUGCUGCAAGUCCGUAAGGGAGCUGACUCUCCAAUCUGGUUGAGCCUCCAGGAGAAGUUCAAGCAGAGGGUCCAUGUGCCCAGUGUGUGGUCUCUGAGGAUUGAGAACCUGGCCCCUGAAGACAGUGGGCAGUACAUGGCCAUGAUCCGCUCAACUCGGGGAAAAACGCUUGGCCAGGUUUUCUACCUCUCUGUCUAUGAGCCUGUGCCUCAUCCUGGAAUCCUGGCCAAGUUACUCUCUAUCACAUCAGGCUUGUGUAACAUAACCCUGCAGUGCAGGGCUCCAGGGGCCACCGAGGACCUGAAAGUGACCUGGGUGAGCAAGGGCCUCCUCAGAGAGCUGGAGGAGGGCAAAGCACCAGGACCAGCCCUGAACCCCUGGACCCUGGCUGUGAGUCUGCCCCUGCGCCAGUGCAACACCCACCUCACCUGUGUGGUCAGCAACCAGGUGGAUAAGAAAGCUGCAAUCUUAGAUGUCAGGAAAGUGUGUGUCCAAGAAACAGAUCCACACAAACAGGACACGGUUAGACUGCUGCCAGGCCUUCUAGGGGAUGUUGCGGGUGUGGUGUUGGUCCUGGGAACUGGGCUGUAUCUUUUGAAGACAUGUAGGAAGAAAAAGAAGAUGAAGAUAAGAAGAGGUGGAGAACUGCAGGAGAACCAUGUGUUCGAUGAUGAUGUCAACCACUAUGAAGAUCUCAGGCUGCCAGUGUCUCAGAAGGACAAGGACAAGGGCAUUGGUGAACAAUAUCUGGAAAAAGAGGAGCCGCUCACUGCUAUCUACAGUGAGGUUCAUUAUCAUUGCCCAGGCAGGGCCAUUAAGAUCAUUCAACUGGAGGAAGCAAAAGGAUCUGGCACUCCCAGGAUAUCUACACUCUGAGCCUGAAGCCUGCAGACCCCUGCCUUUCUUAGUGCUGGUCCGGUUUCAGCUGCCCCUUGUCUGUGUACUCUGAUCUCAUAGCCACAGUUCUAUGGUGUACCCAUGACCUGUUCACAUUCUGAGACACCUCCCCAAGAUGCACUUACACUUGGGCAAAGAUUCUUUCCCUAUCAUUGAUGUGGCUCCUGACCCCUCUCCUCCAGAAGCCUUCCCAAGGGGACCCUGUCUGACUGAGCAGGUGGAAAAUCCCCGCCACCUCUGCCGUGUCACCGGUAUGUGUGUUUCUGAGGACAUAAGCCGUUCCAGACAUGGGAACGGU